UCAACAUUGUUUAGCGAUAUAUGAUGAUGGUUCCUAAAGUUUUUUCUUUGUUUCAGCUUUUUUCCCUCUUAUAUCUCUUUACAGUUACUUUUGCUUCUACUGAGGAAGCAACUGCCCUCCUGAAAUGGAAAGCAACUUUGCAUAACCAGAAUAAUUUCUUAUUGGCUUCAUGGAAACCAAGUUCUAAUGCAUGCAAGGAGUGGUAUGGAGUUAUAUGCUUUCAUGGUAGGAUAAAUUGGUUGAAUAUUACAAAUGCUAGUGUCUUUGGUACACUCUAUGAUUUUCCAUUUUCAUCUCUCCCAUUUCUUGAGUAUCUUGAUCUUAGCAUGAACAAUUUCUCUGGCACCAUUCCACCUGAAAUUGGUAAACUCGCUAAUCUUAUAUAUCUUCACUUGUCAAUCAAUCAAAUUUCAGGCACAAUACCACUACAAAUUGGCUCACUAGCCAAGCUUCAGACCCUCUACCUAUUUGACAACCAUUUAUGUGGUACAAUUCCAGGAGAAAUAGGUAGCCUAAGGUCUCUUACAAAGCUAUCUUUGGGUACUAACUCUCUUAACGGUUCUAUUCCUGCUUCAUUGGGGAAUUUGACCAACUUGUCCGUUUUGUAUCUUUAUGGAAAUCAACUUUCUGACUUCAUUCCUAAAGAAAUAGGUUACCUAAGGUUUCUUACUGAGCUAGAUUUUAGUGAUAACUCUCUUAACGGUUCUAUUCCUGCUUCCUUGGGGAAUUUGAAUAACUUGUCCGUUUUGUAUCUUUAUGGAAAUCAGCUUUCUGGCUCCAUUCCUGAAGAAAUAGGUUACCUAAGGUCUCUUACAAAGCUAGCUUUUAGUAAUAACUCUCUUAACUGUUCUAUUCCUGCUUCAUUGGGGAAUUUGACCAACUUGUCCCUUUUGUAUCUUUAUGGAAAUCAACUUUCUGGCUUCAUUCCUAAAGAAAUAGGUUACCUAAGGUCUCUUACUGAGCUAGAUUUUAGUGAUAACUCUCUUAACGGUUCUAUUCCUGCUUCCUUGGGGAAUUUGAACAACUUGUCCGUUUUGCAUCUUUUUGGAAAUCACCUUUCUGGCUCCAUUCCUAAAGAAAUAGGUUAUCUAAGGUUUCUUACUGAGCUAUCUUUUUGUAAUAACUCUCUUAACGGUUCUAUUCCUGCUUCCUUGGGGGAUUUGAACAACUUGUCCCUUUUGUAUCUUUUUGGAAAUCAACUUUCUGGCUCCAUUCCUGAAGAAAUAGGUUACCUAAGGUCUCUUACUAAGCUAUCUUUGCAUACUAACUCUCUUAACGGUUCUAUUCCUGCUUUAUUGGGGAAUUUGACCAACUUGUCCAUUUUGUAUCUUUAUGGAAAUCAACUUUCUGGCUUCAUUCCUAAAGAAAUAGGUUACCUAAGGUCUCUUACUGAGCUAGAUUUUAGUGAUAACUCUCUUAACGGUUCUAUUCCUGCUUCAUUGGGGAAUUUGACCAACUUGUCCAUUUUGUAUCUUUAUGGAAAUCAACUUUCUGGCUUCAUUCCUAAAGAAAUAGGUUACCUAAGGUCUCUUACUGAGCUAGAUUUUAGUGAUAACUCUCUUAACGGUUCUAUUCCUGCUUCCUUGGGGAAUUUGAAUAACUUGUCCGUUUUGUAUCUUUAUGGAAAUCAGCUUUCUGGCUCCAUUCCUGAAGAAAUAGGUUACCUAAGGUCUCUUACAAAGCUAGCUUUUAGUAAUAACUCUCUUAACUGUUCUAUUCCUGCUUCAUUGGGGAAUUUGACCAACUUGUCCCUUUUGUAUCUUUAUGGAAAUCAACUUUCUGGCUCCAUUCCUGAAGAAAUAGGUUACCUAAGGUCUCUUACUAAGCUAUCUUUGCAUACUAACUCUCUUAACGGUUCUAUUCCUGCUUCAUUGGGGAAUUUGACCAACUUGUCCCUUUUGUAUCUUUAUAGAAAUCAACUUUCUGGCUUCAUUCCUAAAGAAAUAGGUUACCUAAGGUCUCUUACUGAGCUAGCUUUUAGUAAUAACUCUCUUAACGGUUCUAUUCCUGCUUCAUUGGGGAAUUUGACCAACUUGUCCCUUUUGUAUCUUUAUGGAAAUCAACUUUCUGGCUCUAUUCCUAAAGAAACAGGUUAUCUAAGGUCUCUUACUAAGCUAGAUUUUAGUAAUAACUCUCUUAACGGUUCUAUUCCUGCUUCAUUAGGGAAUUUGAACAACCUAUCCUUUUUGAAUCUUCAUAGAAAUCAGCUUUCCAGCUCCAUCCCUUCAUCUAUCUGCAAUUUCACAUCACUACAAAUUCUAAAUUUGGGUAGAAACAAUCUUAAGGGAGCAAUUCCGCAAUGUUUUAGCAACAUGAGUGGUUAUCUUGAGGUUUUGGAUAUGCACCACAACAAUCUUUCAGGGACUCUUCCAACAACUUUUAGCGUUGGAAGUGUGCUCAGAAGCUUCAACUUGCAUGACAAUGAAAUAGAGGGGAAAAUCUCCAUAUCUUUGGCCAAUUGCAAAGAGUUGCAAGUUCUUGAUUUAGGAGACAAUCACCUCAUCGACACAUUCCCGAUGUGGGUGGGAACUCUCCCAAAGCUGCAAGUUUUAAGCUUGAGAUCGAAUAAAUUACAUGGACCCAUUAUAACAUCAAGAAAUGAAAGCAUGUUUGUUGAGCUUCGAAUCAUCGAUCUCUCUUGCAAUGACUUUUCGGGAAACUUACCUAUGAGUUUGUUUCAACAUUUGAAAGGCAUGAGAACAAUUGAUCAAACAAUGAAGUCACCAAAAUAUCUUGGAGAUGAAUAUUACCACGAUUCUACAACUAUUGCAACCAAAGGUCUGGAGAUUGAACUUGUCAGAAUUUUGACUAUUUACACUGCCAUUGAUAUUUCAAGUAACAAAUUUGGAGGACAUAUUCCAAAUAUUAUGGGAGAUCUUAUUGCACUUCGGGUGUUGAAUUUUUCUCAUAAUGAAUUUCAAGGUCAUAUACCACCAUCACUUGGAAAUUUAUCUGUAGUCGAAUCAUUGGACCUUUCAUUUAAUCAUCUUUCGGGAGAGAUACCACAACAACUUUCUUCUCUUACUUCUCUUGAAUUCUUAAAUCUCUCCCACAAUUAUCUUCAAGGGUGCAUUCCUCAAGGAUCUCAAUUUGCUACAUUCCAGAAGAACUCAUAUGAAGGUAAUGAUGGAUUAAGCGGAUUCCCAAUUUCGGAAGGUUGUGGCAGUCAUCGUGUAUCAGAGACGAAUUAUACAGUAUUUGCACCAGACGAUCAAGAAAGCAAUUAUGAAUUUUUCAAGGACUUCUGCAAAGCUGCUCUUAUGGGCUAUGGAUGUGGACUAUGUAUUGGAUUACCCAUAAUAUAUUUCAUCAUCUCAACUAGAAGUUCGAAAUGGCUGGCAAGAAUCAUUGAAGAGCUGGAACACAAAAUUAUAAUGCGACGAGAAAGAAACAGUGAAGUCAAAGGAAGAAAUAAUCGCUUCUGGACAAGUUACCAAUCGAGAAAGCGAAGCCGUCAAAGGCACUACAGAAGAUGAAAUUAUUGCUUCUGAAAGAGUUAAAAUUUCAGGUGCUUGGAGGAGCACUUGGCGGAAUGCUCAUCGGAGAUGCAAUAUCAUAUGCUGCAGCUUCUGUCUUUUUUAUUUCGUUUUAGUGAAAUAAGUAAGCCUUUUUAGUAUUACUUUUAGAUUAACUUGGGAAAAUGUAAUAUUAUGAAUUUUCAUGAUACCAUGUUAUGUAACGUUUCAAUGUUUAAUGUAUUCAAUGAGGGUUGUGCAUUUUUCAGUUA